AUGAAACUAUACAUUACAGUCUUAAUGUUCUUAACCUGCGUGUUUGCAGAAGAAAAACGAGGUACACCUGGUUGGAACAAAGCUUACACAGUAGCUAUCAAAUCGUUUACCAAUGGAAAAUUCGUAUGUGCUGAAAAUAUCGGAAAUCAACCAUUAAUUGCCAAUAGAGAUGCUAUUGGUUUAUGGGAAACUUUUGAAAUUCGUUUCACUAACGCACAAACAUUUGCAUUAAAAUCACAUGCAAAUGGUAAGUUUGUCAGUGCAGGUAAUGGUGGAAAUAACUUGCUCAUUGCAAAUAAAGACCACGCUGCAGUAUGGGAGACUUUCACCUUAGUUCCAAAAUAUGGAGCCUUUGGAUUUAAAUCAAAUGGUAAUGCAAAGUUAGUGACUGCUGAAGAAGCAGGAAACAAACCACUUGCAGCUAAUCGCAUUGUUCUUGACGUCUGGGAAAUGUUCAGCUUAGUCUACGUCUGGCCAUCAGUACACAAAGUGGCAAUAAAAGCAUUGGUUAAUGGUUUAUUUGUAUGUGCUGAAAAUGCCGGAAAGCAAUCAUUAAUUGCUAACAGAGGCCAAAUAGGGCCUUGGGAAACAUUUGAAAUUCGCUUCACUAACCCCCAAACAUUUACUCUCAAAUCUCUUGCAAACGGCAAAUUGGUUUGCGCAGAAAAUAAUGGAAAAUCUCCUCUUAUUGCUAAUAGAGAACUUAUUGGACCAUGGGAGACCUUUACGCUGGUUCAAAAUAAAGAAGGAUUUGCUUUCAAAUCACACGCAAAUGGAAAAUUAGUGACUGCUGAAAACGCAGGUCAUAGUAACCUAAUUGCCAACCGCGAUAAUCCUGAUAUUUGGGAAAGAUUCGUUUUUAUUUACUUGUGAUAAUCUUAAAUACUUAUGUUGAUUGUAAGCUAAAUCGAAAAUAAGUUUUUAAAAACUAGAUUCAAUUUGCUUUCUUUUGUUUAAGUUGGAUAGUUUCAACUAAUGUUAGGUAAUAAGUUAAUAAUUUUGUUCACAAUUUAUUAAAAAUGUUUUUUUGUAAUUUUAAUUUUUUUUUUCUGUAUAGUAACGUUUAAAAAAACAUCAUUAAAAAAAAA